AUGUCAAAUAUUACAAAACUCGAAUUUGUGGCUCUGGACAUAUUUCCAUGGGUACUAGAUGCUGAAAUUCACUUAGAUGCAAAGGGUCUUGGUGAGACUAUUAAGGAGGGAAAUGAAGAAAGUACACAAGAUAAGGCCAAGGCCAUGAUUUUCCUUCGCCAUCACCUCCAUGAAGCUCGUUAUGAGUGGCUGAAUUUAAGAUUGCAAGACUUUAAGUCUGUUAAUGAUUAUAACUCGGCCAUGUUCAGAAUCACUUCACAAUUGAAUUUAUCUGGAGAGAAGAUUACUGAUGCAGAAAUGUUAGAAAAAAUAUACUCAACUUUCCAUGCAAAUAAUGUUGUCCUGCAGACACAAUAUCGUGAAAAAGGCUUCCAGAAAUAUUCUGAAUUAACUUCUUGUCUCCUAGUGGCGGAGCAAAACAACGAGCUGCUAAUGAAAAACCAUGAAUUAUGCCCAACUGGCUCUGCUCCAUUCCCUGAAGCGAAUGUGAGUUUACACCAUGGGCAAGAAUUAAGAGAAACACCCCAUGCAAAUAGUAGUGUGCGUGGCCGUGGUCAUGGCCGAGGGCGUGGCCGCGGACAUAGAUAUGGAUAUAGUCGAGGUGGUCGUUUUAAAAAUUCACAUUCCUACCAGAAGUGGGAUCGGAAAAAUGGCAACAGGGAAGAGAAAGAAAAAGGUGAAAAUGUGACUAAUGUAUGCUAUCGUUAUGGAGGAAAAGGACAUUGGUCUCGUGUGUGUCGCACACAAAAGCAUCUAGUUGAUCUUUAUCAGCAGUCCAUAAAACAAAAGGGAAAGAAAGUAGAAACCACUCUUGUGUAUAAAGAUGGUGAAGGUGAUUUUGAUGAUGGCAAUGUAACCCACUUAGAAGUGGCUGAUUUUCUUUCUACCCCUGAAGGAAAUUAUUAA